GUUUUGCCAAGGUGUUUGCGUGUGUUUGAGUGCUGCAGUCUUGCUUCCUCCGACGGUUCCGUUGGGUGUCGACCAGAUUGACUCAAUUCGAUUGCUCGCUUGCUGCUGCUUCCUCUCGUUCACGACAGUCCACAUCAAACAAUGUCUGUUCCCGCUGGUGACGCCGCUAAGGGCGAGAAGCUGUUCAAGCAGCGCUGCGCUCAGUGCCACACUGUCGAGGCUGGUGGCCCACACAAGACCGGCCCCAACCUCAACGGUCUGUUUGGCCGCAAGACCGGCCAGGCUGCCGGCUACUCGUACACUGAUGCCAACAUCAACAAGGGCAUCACCUGGAACGAGGAGACCCUCUUCGAGUACCUCCUUGACCCCAAGAAGUACAUCCCCGGCACCAAGAUGGUCUUCGCCGGCCUCAAGAAGAAGGACGAGCGUGCCGACCUCAUCGCCUACCUCAAGAGCUCGACUGCCUAAGCAGUCAUCCUUCUCGAGGACGCGUCACUGUGUGUCUAUCGGACGCUUGCUCUGAAACUGGCGUGCUAUCUCGCUUGUUUUUGUGGGUUGGAUUUCUUUGUAAAUACAUUGUGAUGCUGUAAUUU